AUGUCCCUCCACCACCUCCGCGAGACACCACAGAAAGCCACUACAAGUCUUGCGUGCAAGUGCAACAAGAACCACCCAAAACCACAAAUCCAAUACAAAUCAGCAAAGAUGCCGGUCUCAAAGAAGAUGAAGCGCGAGCACCGCAAGGCCGAAGCAGCAGGCACCAGAGCCCCCGUCAAGGCGAACGGUCUGCCCGUCAAGGCGCCCAAGCCAACGAGUAUUUGCGCCAACUGCCGCAAGGAAAUCGUCAAUACCAACCUCAAGCAACUUGAGGUCCACGCCGAGACGCACGACCAAAAGCUCUGGCCCAAGGAGAAGUGCUGGCCCGAUAUCUUCAAGGCCGCUUCAUAA